AUGGCAGAGGAGGACGAGGUGCCGGGGCUGAAGCAGGAGGAGGUGCCCCUCCAUUCUGCCGAGCCCUCCUCGCAGCCCCCCCCAGAGCCUCUGCAGGAGCUCGCCCCGCUCGCCGUGGCUGAGGACACUGACAGUGGUGUGCGGGAGUUCACCUGCGAGACCUGCGGGAAAUCCUUCAAACGCAAGAACCACCUGGAGGUUCACAAGCGGACACACACCGGGGAGACCCCCCUGCAGUGUGACAUCUGUGGGUACCGCUGCCGCCAACGUGCCUCCCUAACGUGGCACAUGAGGCGACAUGGGGGUCCCGGGCUGCGCCCCUUCCCCUGUGAGCGCUGUGGGAGGCGCUUUGAGCGCCCUGAAGGCCUCAAGUUCCAUGCCCUCAAGAGCCACCCCGAGCCCCGUGGCACAUAG